UCCCACUGCAAAUUUAAUGCCAGUUGCUUAAGGACUGUGGUACUCACAUCAUCGUUCCGUGGAUUUCAUCUUCCCGCCUUCUGGAUCAUCUCCACAUAGGCCCCCAGUCUCUUUUUUUAUAAUCUCUCAAUGGGCAUUGUGUUUGCCUUCCGCAUUUUGUGAUAUUUUCUCGUGUGAUUCCUUACCCUUAUUUUUUUUCAAAUUACUCCAUAUUCGCGCCAAAGGAUAUCCCUCGCGAAGAUCAAUUUCUAUAUAUAUAAAAAAAUAAGACGAAAAAGAGAAAAGGAUUCAUUUAGUGAUACAUUGAGAUUAGUAUUUUGUGAAAGUUUGUUUGUGAUUGUGCCAAAAAAAUUAUAAUUCUACAAAAAAAUCUUUGCGUGAAGAAACUCCCGAAAAACAAAGAAAGGACAAUAUUUACUUUCAAAUAUGUUGCUGAAAAAAUUCAUUUAAACAGCAGAGAGGACAAUUUUUUCAGAGUAUUUCAAGAGCAACAAGAAAAUUGAAAAAAAAUGGACAAGUUUAGGACAUUGAGUACAAUCGUGACCCUCCUAUUUAUUGGCACAGUGUUGGCCAAAGAUAAGGAUAACAACGAGGUCAUCGUUUCAAUUGACAACAACGAGAAGACACAGUACCAUACGGCAAAUUUCGACACAAGUUCCUACAACUAUGGCUACGAAGUUGGACCCAAUGGGCAGUUCCAUCAUGAAAUUCGCGGGCCAGAUGGUGUUACAUACGGCUGCUAUGGGUACAUUGAUCCUGAAAGUCAUCUCCGGGCAACACACUACGUUGCCGAUGAGAAUGGAUACCGUGUGAUUGAGCCAGAAAAUCCCGUAGAGAUUUUCCCGCCAGGAAAUGGGAAAAAGGGCAUUACAGUUGAAUGGAAGAAUCUUUACCUUCCAAAAGGCUGUGGUAUGCAUGAAGGUGGUUUUGCCAUUGGAUCAGUACUGAAGAGACUAGACACCGGAGGAUUUCAAGUGGUACAACCAGGUGAGCCUCAUCCUGGUCACACAGUCGACCGUCCUGGGGUAAAGGGUUCAGCUAUCAAUCGACCACUUGUGCUUCUUGAGAAUGGCGAUAUAACCGUGGCUGGUCCAGGGUUUAAGGGUAUUGGGUAUGGUAGACCAGGUCGUCCUGGAACUCCUGGCACUCCUGGAACGCCUGGAACACCCGGAGGUCCCGGAUCUGAAGGUGGACUCAUCUACGGUGGUACAGGAGGUGCUGGUGGUACAGGAGGAUACGGAGGGGCAGCAGGAAGUGGUGGUACAGGCGGUACAGGAGGUACUGGCGGAUACGGUGGUGGAUAUGGAGCUGGAGGUUUCGGUGGUACUGGAGGAUCAGGCGGUACUGGUGGCUAUGGAGGAAGCGGUGGAACCGGAGGCACAGGCGGAACUGGUGGAUACGGUGGUGGCUCAGGAAAUUAUCCAUCAGGUUAUCCCGGACCACCAGGAACAGGAGGAACCGGCGGUACAGGCGGUAGUGGAGGUACUGGUGGUACACCUGGCAAACCAGGAAAACCAGGCCAUCCUGGACAUCCCGGAACACCCGGUGCUGGUGGCUACUGGCAAGAUGGCCAUUGGAUUGCCGACAAUUCAGGUCAAUAUCACCAUAUGGGAGGACCCAAUGGACCAAAUGGGCCUGGAUAUGUGCACGUAACAGGUCCAAUGGGUGGUUAUGGCGGCAAUGGAGGUAGCGGUGGAACAGGAGGUACCGGCGGAACCGGUGGCGUUGGUGGAAUAGGUCCAGGUGGACCUAAUGGACCUAAUGGUCCCAAUGGCCCUACUGGUCCAACUGGACCUGUUGGUCCUUCAGGACCACCUGGCCCACCUGGAACAGGAGGAAGCGGUGGUACUGGCGGAUCAGGGGGUAGUGGCGGUUACGGUUACGGAGGAGAAGAACCACUCACACCACAAGACACUUCACCAGAACCAACUGGCCCUGAGCCAAGCCCUGAGCACAUCAAUGGUCCUCAUGGAGGUGAUUUUAGUCAAGAGCAAGAUAAAGAGUGCUUCUAUCCAGGUCAUGGACAUGGGCAUGGAACACCCGGACGACCAGGAACACCAGGUACCCCAGGGACGCCAGGGAAGCCCGGAACACCCGGACAGGGUGCACAUUUCCCCGCACCACCACCACCACAUCCACCAAGGCCUGGAAAACCAGGUACUCCCGGAACUCCAGGAACACCCGGAAAGCCUGGAGCACCAGGGCAUCCAGCGCAUCCAGUUCAUCCGCCGCCACAUAAACCACAUCCCCCACCUAAACCAGCUCAUCCACCACACAAUGGAAGACCAGGAACACCAGGAACACCCGGUACACCAGGACUUCCUGGAACUCCGGGAGGAUUUGUCCAAAUGUAUCCUGGUCAGGAUGGAACACCAGGAACACCUGGAACUCCAGGUACACCAGGGCAGCCAGGAUUUGGUGGAUCAGGAGGUGGAUUCAUUCAAGGGUACCCUGGGCAAGAUGGUAAACCAGGAACUCCUGGUACACCGGGUACACCAGGGCAGCCAGGAUUUGGUGGAUCAGGAGGUGGAUUCAUUCAAGCGUACCCUGGGCAGGAUGGUAAACCAGGAACUCCUGGUACACCGGGUACUCCUGGACAGCCAGGAUUUGGUGGAUCAGGAGGUGGAUUUAUUCAAACGUAUCCCGGACAGGAUGGUUUGCCAGGAACCCCUGGAACACCAGGAACACCAGGACAACCAGGUUUUGCAGGAGCUGGAGGAGGAUUUGUUCAGGUUUACCCUGGACAAGAUGGGACACCAGGCACACCAGGAAAACCCGGAACACCAGGGACACCAGGAACACCCGGGCUGGCAGGAGGUGGCUUCAUUCAGGCAUAUCCACCACAAAAUGGUAGCCCGGGGACACCCGGAACACCUGGAACUCCUGGAACACCCGGAGGUCCUGGGGAAUUUGUUCAAUUUAUCCCUGGUUCGCCAGGUAGCCCAGGAACACCUGGAACUCCCGGAACACCCGGAACAGAUGGUUUACCAGGCUACUUCCAACAGGACUUCUAUGCUGAGGGUGCAAUGGGCGUUCAACCACCACGUCCAAUUCAAAAUCCAAAUCUCAAUGUUGCCGUUUCCCAAAUACCCAUCUUCAUUGUGCCAUUCCCUCUUGCUAUGGGCAGCAUUAAUGCUGGCGCCUGCCCGUGCUACUUCAUGAACGGCGCCAAUAGUACAAACAACCUCGGACAAUUGUUCGGUGGUGGUGGUGCCAAUUUACAGGGACAACAGCUCUAUGGUUAUGUGGGGCUUGUACCUCUUCUCUUCUUCCCAUCGUGCAACAACACCCAAAAUCCCGAGAAUAUUGGAAAUCUCUUCUCUCAAGCCUACACCGUACCCUACCAGUGCAACCAAUGCAGUCAGCAGCGUCAACGACGAUCCUUGGAGAUUGCCGAUGAUGUCACAACACUCGAUAGUUUCAAGCAAGUCCUGGAAUUGGCCAAUAUUGAUCCCCGAACGAGCACUAUUGUGGUGAAAUCGCCAAAAAGGCGAUCACUGCAGCGAUAUAGACACCCCGAAGAUUUGGACGUCUAAAUGACAUCCAUUUUGAUUUCUCUCCGUGAUCUCCACACGAUCAUGCAGAGAAACAAUUAAAAAAAAAAACAUUUUGCCAUCAUUGUAAUUCUCUCCCUUCUCUUGCACGUUUUUCUAUCGUAUAGGUAUGUACUAAACGGCUGCAGAAUUUAUUUCUUUCGAAGCAUUUUUUGUGGCAAAAUUUUCAUUUGAGAGAAAUCUAGAAAAUAUGCAGAGAUAUUUCUCAUACUUUUAGUUUAAAAUCUUUUUAAAAUAAAUGAUAAAUUAUUUGCUGAAUAUUAUAAUUCUUUUAUGUGGACAAAAAAUCCUUUCUUGGGUUAUUGAAAAAAAAAAAACAACAACAUAAAUCUUCAAAAAAUCCUGCAAUAGUUUCUCCAUUUCCACAUAAACUUCGCACGUAAUUUUUGCGAAUUGAUAGGAGUGAGAAAAAAAACAAUAAGCAAUGUAUCUUUUAGUAUUAAAAUUUUUAAAGCAAAAAUAGAAAUAAAAUUAUUUCAAUGAUCA